AUGGAGCGGGGUGUUUUGGCCGGCCUGAGGCGGCGGUCUGCGGAGGAGGAGCGGAGCGGCCCCGGGGACGCGAAACGGACAUGUAGGAGCAUCGAAGCUGGUCCUGGGGAAGAUGCUGACCGGAGGCGAGAUGAACCGGCCCAGGCAUGCUGGAUUACAGACUGCAUCUUGGAGUCCAAGGGAUUCAUUGCACGCGAGAGCCUGCCCGGGAAUCUCCAAGGCAGACAGAGCUCAGUGAUUUCUGCCCACAAUGGAAGACAUCCCACCCAGCCUUGCUCACGAUGCCUCGCUGGCAAGUCCGGGCAUUUUAACCAUACCAUGAAUUGUUAGAAGAUGCAAGCUGGCAAAGAAGGCCGCAUCCACUCUUGGUCUUGAAUCGUCCACAUGAUGAUGAAUGUAAAUAUCUUACAGAUGGAUUUAAGGGCCCACCUGUUCGAAGAACCGCCUGGAUGUUA